GAAAAACUGAAUUUUGUAUGAAUUAUGCAUAACUAUAAAUAUACAAUCCAGUGCCUUGGAAGAGGCAGUCAACUUGUAAUUUUAACAUAGGCGAUACUCUAGCCAACUAAAUUUUGCUUCCUAACAAGAUAUUUCAAAACUUUCAAAAUUCGUUCGCUAACGGCUUUAACUUAGUAGCUAAAGAAUUACAGCAAUAAUGUUUUAAUUGUGGAUAAGUAAUACAUUUAUAUAAAUGUUUCUGUCCCAGUGUAAUUUUAAGGGGCUUGUAAUAGUAACUUUCAUAAAUACUAUUUUGAUUUAAAGUUGCCACAGAAGCGUUAGCUUAGCUCGAGUAGCAGACGUUGGUCCCGUAGCCCCCUCGCGAGCUGGAUGGCUACUUACAGACUAAUUCAGAUGAUACUUUAAUUAACAUCAUCCAGAUAGACUAAUUAACAUUAUCCUGAUAACUGGCAUAGUCGGCAACGGACCGCCGAACAUAAAAGAGAAAGCUGGGAAAAAUGUUUGACUUGUCGAAGAAACGAUGGAUGAAGAAGACAGAGAAACAUGUAGAAACCGCCGCGCGCCUCGCUACAGAGACGCUCCUGAAAUGAAAGCAGGUUUUCCAUUUGAACCGUGGCACAGCACCCCUGUCAAGAAGCACACACACGAUGUCAGCAUGGCUAGACAGACUGUGAGGAAUCCACAGAUGUCUUGUAAUCAUGUAUCAUCUCUGUCUCAUAUGGAAGAGUCUAAGAUUCCAGCAUGUGAAAUGGAAAUGGUGACCAUCCAAAAGCAACGGCUGGAGCUGCAGCUGCUGAUGGCAGAGCUGAAGGACCGUGACCAGGAGCUCAACGACAUGGCUGCUGCCCACCAAAGGCAGCUGCAGGCGUGGGAGCAGGAUCGGCAGAGAGUGCUGACACUGGAGCAGCGGUGUGCCAAUCUCCAGGAUGACCUGCAGACGCGUAACGAGGUGAUCCGAGCCAUCAGCAAGCACCUGAAGACCGUAGAGGCACAGGAGAAGGACAGGCACCGAGAACUCACUAGUGCCCAGCAGCAGCUGCACGAGCUCAGCCAGAGACAGCAGCACAGCAGCCAACAGCAACGGGACCUGGAGGAGAAGAAUCGGAGCAUGAACUCGACCAUCAUGACUCUCUCGUCUCAGGUGGGGCAGCUCCAGGUUCAGGAGGAGGAGCUUAGCUCCAUGCUGAAACUAAAGGACAAAGACGUGAUGGAAGCUACCAGUCGCAUUUUAGGAUUAACCGGUCAGAUGCGGGAAUACGAUGCUACACGGAAGGAAUCCGAGACACGGGAAAGCAAAAUCUUAAGUGAAAUGGAGGAGUACAAACAUCGCUUCAGAGAGGCUAGAUAUGACGCUACUCGGCUCAAAGAUGAGCUUCAGGAGAAGACCAUAGAGAAUAACAGUCAAAGAGAAGAGCUCAUUCGACUAAAGCAAGAGAACCAGCUACUCAGGAAAGAGCUGCAACUGGCAGGUGAGAGCUGGAAAGAUGAGCUGCUUGGCCUAGCACGAUCUAAACAAGAGCGCACCGUGUCCGAGCUUCUGUGCCUGCGACAGGUGUGUGCUAACCAACAGAAUGACCUGCAGCUCUUGAAGCUCAACCUCGAGACAACCAGAGAGGCACUGAGACGAUAUGAAGGUCAAAGGUCACUGGAGAGUCCAGGUAGUGUGACUUGUCUCUAUAUGGAUUGUUCUACGCCAUCACCACAGAGGAGGAGCCCCGGCCCUACAGAAGAUGCAGUAUUCAACAUCAUUGCCAAUGGCAACCAGGAGGAGUGUGUAUCAUCCACAAGUCGCUUGCAACGCUUGUUGGCAGAGUCGAGGCAAAUGGUGGCCAGUCUAGAACACACUUCUGGCAAACCUCUGAGCCCUGCCCUGAGCCCCGCCCCCAAAAGUGACUCUGUCUGUAGCCUGCAUGGUAGCUACAAUAAUAGCAAUAGUUGCAACCAUUCCCUGUCCCCCAGAAACAGCCAACGAGAAAGUCAACAAAGCAAUGAUGAUACUCAAAACCAGAGUCAACAUUCGAACCCAAGAACCGAGGAAUGUGGGCAGUAGAUCCUUGGAUGGACAGGUCUCCCUCAAAAAAUGACUGAGGAUUUUAAAAACAGUACGAUGUAGCCAUGUGAACAUGUUGAAGCUGCCUUUGAGUGGAAAACUAGGUCAGCAUCCACUCAUGAGCCCGUAGCACAGUCAGUCUGGUUUACUACACCUGCAAAUAAAUACUUUUA